AGCUGUAAUCAAUACAUACGUACAAUGCAAAGCAAAGCAGCAGAGAGCACUAAAAACUGACGAGAAGCAACACGACGAUUACGAAUGAUUGCUGGUGUUUUGUAGUACGACAUGCCAUGGAGUAAAAGCAGCAGAUUUAUCAUCAAGCGAAGAUAUUUGUCAGUGGUGACAGGCAAAGUACAAGGCUCAGGACCUCUGGAGAAACAUUGGCCUACUAUUCUUCGGAAACAACAAUUUCGGUGUUUGAACGUAACGUGAGCGAGGAAGUGCCCUCAGUUCAAUAAGUAACAACAAGCUUGUUGGAGUUCGCAUCGAAAGUCACAAAAAAUCACCAGAAAAACGGAAAAUAUCCUUUCGUUUUGUACAACGAAGGUGACAAAAAAAAAAACUUUCCAAAAAGAACGGGGGAAAGUAUGCUGGCUGGCUGAACGAGUUUUGUGCUGUGUGUAACAAACGAGUAAGACAGAGAAACAGCUCCCACCUCUCCGUGAGAGCGAAUGAAAGAGACAUUCGCAGCCUACUGCACAAGAAAAGAUCUUGUUGGUCCCAGUUGAAUGGUCUUGGAUGAACGUACACAGCGGAACAUACAAUGGAAGAUUUGGAUACCCAGAACGAUGUAGAGGACCAUCCUCGUGUUAUCAUACAUGUGGACAUGGACUAUUUUUACGCGCAGGUUGAAGAGAUAUUGGAUCCAAGCCUUAAGGACAAACCGGUGGGCGUCAAACAGCGGUUUAAUGUGGUAACAUCCAAUUACAUCGCGCGAGAAUAUGGCAUUAAGAAAAUGAUGUUAAUUAACGAAGCCACAAAGCUGUGCCCAGAUUUAGUGCUCGUUAAUGGAGAGGAUUUGACCAAAUACAAGCAAAUGUCAGCAAAGAUUCACGAAAUCAUGCACAAAUUCACGCCCAAUGUAGAAAAAUUAGGGCUGGAUGAAAACUAUUUGGACGUAACGAGAGAGAUAAAUGAUCAGCUAGAACAAAAGCUCAAUCUGGAACAGUUGCAGAAUGUCGAAGGAUUCAUAUACCCGCCGAAGGAAGAUUCCAAUCUGUCGGAUCAAGAGGUAUUCCGCAGAGCGUGUAGUUGUGGUUGUGACAGAAGGUUAAUACUUGCCUCUCAUAUGGCAAAACAAAUAAGAGAUCGCAUAUUUUGCGAACUAGGUAUGAAGUGCUGUGCGGGAAUAGCUCAUAAUAAGUUAUUAGCGAAACUCGUGGGCGGUGUCCAUAAGCAAGACAAACAGACGGUGUUGCUUCCGAACUGUGCUGCGAGCUUUGUGAGAUCGCUAGGAACAGUCAAAAGUUUGACUGGUAUCGGUGACAAGACUGCUCAAAUUUUAGAGGAAUGUGGUGUGAGAACUGUUCAGGAACUUCAGGAAGCUCCACUUCAUCAACUUUCGAAACGCCUAGGGUAUGAACAGUCCAGUAAACUGAAAGAAAUGUCUUUUGGCAAAGACGAUACGCCGGUUAAACAAACCGGGAAACCAAAAUCAGUUGGUUUAGAAGACUCUUGUCCCGCGAUUUCUAUUCGGGCUGACGCUGAAGAUAAGUUUCGGCAUUUGUUGGUCAGAUUAGUAAAGAAUAUUGCCGAUGAUGGUCGCAUUCCCAUAGCUAUUAAAGUAACAGUUAGAAAACACGAUUCGGUGAAGAAAACGAGUCAUCGUGAAUGCAAACAAGAUAAAAUACUGCCAUCCUAUUUUCGGCACAAAGAUGGCAAGUUGGUUUUGGCUGACGGAGCUCAGGAUAAAAUUCUAGCCGUUGUGAUGAAGGUAUUCGAGCGAAUGGUUGAUCUACGACAACCGUUCAAUAUAACAUUAUUAGGACUUUCCUUUUUCAAAUUCCAAGAGCGUAAGGCCGGCUCCAAAUCGAUAGCUAAUUUCCUUAUCAAAAAGUCCGACAUAGAGGUACAAUCCAUUACAAACCUAAGCAAUGAAUCGCUUACAUUAAGUGACAGUUUCACAUCGAACCGGUCCUUCCCUACUGCAAUGGAUUGCGAUCCCUCGUCUAGCACGUGUCUUUCAGAUACCGCUUCAAUAGCAUCGCUAUCUGGUUCAGAGUCUGAUGCCGAACCCUCGCCUAAAAAGUGUCGUCGUCUGGCAACUUUUCUGGCUCGAAAGAAUAGCAGUCUGCUACCAUCCAACGAAGAUGAUUCCUCGUCCCCCAGCAAGCUUCGUGUAGCUGACCUACGACUCAAUUCGAAAGAGUACGACCAAGAGCCUUCCAGCAGUGGUACAAACGCAACAAACAUUCCAUUCUGUUCGAAUUCUACAGGAUUUUUCAAGAAUCAUCUUUCCACGUCCACUCCAGCAAAACCGUCCUUACUCGCAGAAUCGGUAGGACCAUCCAGCAGCGGAAGCAUAAAGACGACCAAUGAAAGCGGUAUGCCCUCAAAUGUUGAUCCGGAUGUGUUCAAUGCAUUGCCGGUGGAAGUGCAAAAGGAACUUUUGGAAAACUGGCGGUUGUCUAAUCCUACAUCAUCAUCAUCGGGCACAUCGAUAUCCAGCGGCAGCUCUAGCUCUAGUCGAAAAAACACACUUCACCGAUACUUUGUUAAGAACGCAUAGCGAAGCUCUCUCACGGAAGGAGAUUAACAGUUUAGAGUGUUUAUUUAUUAAACCAGUAUGAAACAUUACUUUUCUCUGUUGCAACAAUAAUUAUGUUUAGUCGUUUUGGCUGUAAAUAUCCCGUUUUUCUGUUUAACGCUCCACGCUGGAAUAUGAUAAAAAUUAAGCUUUGAAAAACCCGUUCUGUAUCAUCAGAAAAACAUUCGAGAAAAAAAAACAAAUUGUUAUAAACAUUAUAAGGAUCUUACACCUUUUACUACGUGAUCGAAAGAAUAAAUUGAAUAAAGGUACAUUCUUGUCCGAGCGCAAAUGGGCAACGUUAAAGAA